UUGAACAUCUCCAUCAAUUGUUAAUUCUCUCAUUUUUACUCAAUUUUUUUUCCUUACAAACUCUUUGAAUAAAUCCACUUUAAUUAAGCAAAAAAUUGUUUAUCAUUUUGCUAAUAAAAAAAAAAGAAAAAAAAUGUCAGACAACACAGCGACUUGCAUUGACAUCUUAAUAGCUAUCCUUUUGCCUCCUCUUGGUGUUUUCCUCAAGUAUGGUUGUAAGGCAGAGUUUUGGAUCUGUGUGUUGCUAACUUUGUGUGCAUAUAUUCCUGGGAUUAUCUUUGCGAUUUGGGUACUCACCAAGUGAUCUCUAUUAUUGUAUUUGGAAAACGACGUCGGCUCUCUAUGAAGAUGAAUUUGUUUUUAUUAGUUUGAUUUGGUUUUCAUUGAUUAUAAUAUAAUAAUGCCUAUAUUUGUUGAAAAACAUCAUGAUCAUUAAUUCAGCGUGAAAAGCAUGUUUGUAAUAUUAUAUUGCUAAUAUUUGUAACGCACACAAUUUAUUAAAAUUGUUGCAUUUUUUAGUUUAUAAGGUAGACCGAUAAAAGGGGAUAAAAUUAGACAU